AGCGAGGUGCCGCUACUUUGAUAACAAAUUGCCCCCAGGAAAACCAGCAAGUUCUCCUACCAGGAAAAAAAAGGAUAAAAAAUAGUCAGCCAUUCCAGACGUACACAGAAGGUUGGAAAGAAAAGACUUAUCCAAUAGAAAAGAUCAGCAUCUCUUUGGGAAAAUCAAGGAUGCAUUGGAAGACUGUGUUGGUGCUAUUGUUAUAUUACAAUGUUCAUGCCUCUGUACCCCCCAGGUGGAAUCGAGCAAUGCUUUUCCCAUCUUCGCAAAGAGUGAAGAGGUCCUCUGCUGCUCUUCUCAAUCCCAUCCUUCAAAAAUCUCAGGAAGACGUGGAUCUUCUAUUCGAGUUUCUUGCAGAGCUGGAAAUCAGCAAAGAUCUGAAAAUCUCUGUCAAAGACCGGGAACUGGCUUCCAUGAGGAAGGCUGUGGCAUUUGACACCGUUUGCAAUGAUGUUAUUCCCAAAAGCAUCACGGACAUUCGCAGGCUGAAUGCCAGGCUCUUGGGCUACCCUGGGAUGCUAAAAAAAGAAGAUUUUGAAAGGACGAUGUUAACCAUGGUCUACACAGCAUUUAGGACAGCUCAGUCCCAAGGACACAGGAAAGACGCCUGGGCUGAAACCUUUGUCAGUCUCUACAAGGCCCUGAAGCAUGACUUGAUGUUCCCAUCUAGACAAACACCAUCAUCUCAAAGGACUUCAUAGAUCAGAAAUUCAUUUGGAUGGCAGAGCGCAUCAGCCUGUUUGCUGUGUAAAAAAGAAGUGUUUUAAGACCCGACAGGCGUAGAGAGAUUCUUUAUUCUCUAGCUCCUCCUAGAGGACACCUGUUGUAAAAUCUUUUUGUAUAAGAAAAACUGUUUCAAUUAAUUCACACCAAGGCUAAAGACAGACAAGAAUUCCCUGGUCAGCAUCUAAUUUUGCCAAAGAGUGACUCAAUGAAGAGUGAUGAAACAAGGCCCAAAAUCAAGAAGCCAGAAGACCAGUUCCAUUGGGUUGGCUGUCGCUCCUUCUUCCCACCCCUGUUUGCAAAUUUGGGUGCCAGUUAGAGGGGAGCAGUCAUCAUCAACCCUCAAGGGGCUGGAUUUCGCCUAGGGUCCCCAGUUGCUUUUUCAUGCAGUAAAUAAGCUGUCAACUCCGUGUAAACUCAUUAUCUGUUUAUUGCCAUUUGUGGUCAAACAGGUUUCACUGAGUUUUGUAGUGUUUCAAAAAGCUGUGAACCCUGACAGAUCAGAGGUAACCAGGGCUUUUUUCCAGCUGGAACGCAGAGGAAUGGAGUUCCGGCACCACUUGAAAAUGGUCACAUGGCUGGUGGCCCCACCCCCUGAUCU